AAAACUGUGUUGAAGCUUUUUCAUUACUUUUUCAUCUUCGUCUUUCAAAAUAAAUAGAAUAUUAAUUAAAAUCACAAAUUAAAUAUCACUAACUAGACUUUAGAGACAAUCAACCAAUAUUAGAUUUUUUAAUAGUACAUUAUAAUCAUUCUUUUAAGGUUUACAGAAUAAUAUGAAAGACAUGAAUUCUACAAUCGCUAGCAAUAUUUCUGAGAUAGCAAAAUUAGCAAGAAAGUUUAAUUGUUUUUAUUUAGCGGGUCUACAUCAAGGUACUUGUAAACCAUUCUUAGUGGGUGGUCAUCAAGUUGGAUUGAUUCGUCCUGAUAUAUUAAAACAUUUGGAAAGAUUUCCUGAGGUUUUUCGAGUUACUGGAAAGUAUGUAGAAUUAAACCCGGCAUUUAGGGAUUAUAAAGAACGAACGUCAAGGAUUGCGGCGGUGUUACAAUCUUUAAAGAAGGAAGGUGAAAUAUGUGCUCUCAAGGGUUGGAGAGAUGAGUGUUUUGAAGUGAGCACUCCAUUCUAUCAUGAAAGUCUUAUGGAGAUGGACAGAAGCGCCAUAUGUCUUUUUGGCAUAAGGAAUUAUGGUGUUAGCAUAAAUGGAUACCUUUUCCACCCCAUAAAAGGAUUAUGUAUUUGGCUUCAACAGCGAAGUUUUACCAAACAAACUUGGCCAGGCAAAUGGGACUGCUUUGUGAGUGGUGGAUUAGCAGUUGGUUAUGGUAUAAUGGAGACUGCUAUCAAGGAAGUUGCUGAAGAAGCUUCGGUAAUUGGUGAUUUAGCAAAAAAACUAGUUCCAGCUGGUUGUGUCAGCUUUUACUUUGAGAGUGAGAGAGGUUUGUUUCCAAAUACAGAGUAUGUAUAUGAUCUGGAACUUCCGCAAGACUUUAAGCCUGAAAAUGCUGAUGGGGAGGUUGAAACCUUUGAAUUGUUGACAGCUGAAGAGUGUGUACAAAGGGCUUUAACAACUCAGUUUAAAACCACUAGUGCACCUGUGUUGUUGGACUUUCUCAUUAGACGGGGAUUUAUCAACCCUGAAAAUGAACCUAACUAUCGGCAUAUCAUCGAGUUACUCCACGUCCCCUUGCAAACAAUCUACAAGUGGCCUCAAACGGACAUUGUGACCAAUGGAGAUGGAGAAAAUCUACAACAUUAAAUUUAGUACAAAAAUUGGUAUUUCGGGCCCAUAUUGGUAAUAUCUGAAAUGUAAAAAUUCAAGAUCUAGUAUUGUGAAUCUACAAACGGCGCAGAAAAACAAAAGACAUUAAUUUGAAGAUUCCAAAACUAGAUUUGGGUUUUGUCACAGUUUGUAACAUGGGCUCCAUGUGUGGCGUAUCCGUUUUAUCUUUAACAUUAUUAUCUCCGAUUAUUUUGUCUUCCACAGUUUUAAACUUUUUUAUAUUUUGCGGAAUGUUAUCUUUCUGAUUAAUUUUCUGAUAAAGUUUGCAGUUGAUAUAAUUUAGAACAAGUUUUCAGUAUAUCUAAAAUGAAGUUUUAAAAAGAUUUUGUUAUUUCAGUUCAAUUUUUGUACUUAAAAUCUGGGAUUUUACAGUUUGCUUGGCAUUAUAUAAUUUAUUCAUAGAUUUGCCAAUUAGUCACAUUUCUACAGAUAGCUAGUCUUUGCUUUUUUGUAUAAUUUUGUCUUUUGUCUGAUCCAUUUUCGUAGGUUAACUAAUGCUUAUGUUCAGUUGGACAUUUUUGACAUACAUUAGAUUAUUUCCAUUUGUUUGCUUGAUCACACAUAUACAAUAAGAUCUAUUGCAUAACAGAUAAUAAUAAAUUAUUUAUCGAAUUUUGGAGUAAAUAUAUUUCAUUUGAAAAAAUCGUUAAACAUCUGCAAAUUUAAAUAACGAAACGUCUGAUCAUGUCUAUUGGUUUUAAUUGGUUAAUACACGCUACGGACCAAUGACAGCUAGACCAAUCACAAUCAAGCGACAUGAUCGCUCAUUUCGUUCACAGUUCACACAAUGACAGUUGACAUCGAGCAAGUGAAUGGAAAUAUAGUUUUGAUAGUUUAGCUAGGGACAUUUAAUUUCUGUGAUACUUUACCGAUUUGGUAUAAGCGAUAUUAGUUGGUAAUUUAUAGGACGUGUGCGAUUGGAAUUUCUUAUUACAAAAAAUAUGUAGGACUUGGAUUGAUUUAAUGAUGCAAACUUAGCAAACAAAAUUCUAAGUAUAUUUGACGUUAAGUCAUUUGAAUCGCGAUUGUAAAGUGAGUAUGUUAAUUGAAAUAUAAUAUUAGAAUUAACCUAGAUUUAUGCUGUAUAUUAUUUGCUAAUUAAAUUGUAUUGAAGAUUGUAUUAUUUUAGUGUAUUCAAUAGGAAGCAUGUAACUCUAGUCAGUAAAACGUUCAAAGGCCGAAACAUUUUUUAUUGUUUUUAUAUACAUAAUUGUAUUCAAACUUGUUUUUAAAAUUUUAGAAAAUUCCUGGUACGCCUAAAUAUUUAUCAAGAGGUAUGUAUUAAUAAAAAUAGUUAAAUUUAAUUUGGCGCAGUAAAAGGAAAUUGUUUUGGAAUGUUAAUUGUCUGUAAUAGCGUGUAAUGUGUCAAAAUAGAAUUGACAUUUGAAUUCAGGACAUUUUAUUAAUAAUAAUUUCAAUUGAGAAAAUAAUUUUGUAUUAUUUCAAAUAUAUUUUAAGUUUUAGGCAAAGGCAAAAUUUACGUAUCUACCGAGAUGACAUGCCACGACGCGGGUAAAUAGUUUUAAAACGAUUGUAUUAAGCCUAGUUAUAGACGUUACUGUUAUACUGAUAUCACGAGCAAAAAAAUUCGAUAAAAUACACGUGAUUACCAAUAGUAAUCUCAGACGAUAAACAUUUCGUUCGUUGCGUGUAAUUUUUCGAAUUAUUUCUUGCGUCCGCGUAAAUAAAGUCGAGUGUAGUUUCAGAUGGAAAAUGUACAAAGUCGCGCCUUACACUUUUUUACAUUUCUACAAUUAACCAUUGUUAUUGGCGAGACUUUUUACCAAUUUUACAUGUUAAUCGUUUACAUUUGAGAUUUUUAGGGUAUGCUUUCCUAAAAGUGGAUAAUAAAUUAUAAGUCGA